AUGGACGGCCAGUUUUUCGGCAGGCAAUCGUCGUCGGAAGGUGAUGGCCGGCUGCCAGCCGUCCUGGCGCGACCCGCCGGUGGCUCCCUUGCUUCCGUCACAGCCACGAAAGGGGAAGGAAUAAGAGCGGUAGGGGCAGGCGACGAAAGGAAGGUGCGACGGCCAUCCAAGGGCUGCCACCGACGACCUCGAUGCCGCCGAACGGGCUCAUGCGACCCGCCGGCGCCGACCCAACGUCUCAGGACACCCGCCGGUGGUUUUCCCGCUGCCGUCGCCGUUGUUUUCAACCCCACACUUCAGAAAAGGGGCAAAAUGAAGAUGAAGGGGAAACCGGCCAGAAUCGACCGGAUUCCGGAGGACGUCGGUCCGCCAUUGUGGCGGACGACGUCCGGCGACGCUGGCGGCACCCGCCGGCGGCCACCCACGGUGUUGGGUGGCCUGCCGAUGGAGCUUCAUCGCCCACCUGCCAUUCGGCAGGCGAGCAGUAGAGUGCUCACGGAAGCACUACGGUCCGUCCGAUGUUUUAAUCGGACGGUGGAGAUACUCGCAAACCAAAAGUCGAGCGGGGAUAGCGGUUGGAACGCUUUCCCGACUUCCCUCUUCUCCCCUCUCGCCUGCUCAGCCCAACUCUCCCCUCCCGCGCUCCCGCCUGAAGUCUCGCCCCAACCAUCGGACGAUUCCGACGGACCUCCACGGCGACCGCCUCCGGUGACAUUCACGGCGACGACACCGUCUCGCCUCUCCCGCUCCCGCCUGACUACACGCGAGAGGCAUCGUUCAUCAGUGACGAGAACAGGAUGGACCUCCCCGGCGACCACCUUCGGCAACAGUCACGGCGACGACACCUUCUCCCCUCUCCCCCUCCCGCCUGAGGAACGUAGGCCUUCAUCGGAUGCCAUUUCGAUUGGAAUGCCGUCGGCGACCCCCACCCGACCGUAUCGGCGAGGUUUCAAGCCAAGGUCACCGAGAUACUGUCGGCGACGGCACCCAGCAUUCUACAUCUUCAUUGGGCGUGAAUAUGGAUGCAAGUAUUAGCUCUAAAUGUUCAAAUGUGGCAAGGAAGUUAGAUAUGUUUUGCCGAGUACAAGUACAACAAAUGUUGUUGAUGAUGAAAUGAUACUGGUCAUGAACAUUGAUGAUGAUUUAACAAGAGAUGAGGACAAUACGACGACAGAUGUUGAGGCAACAGAUGACCUGAUGGUGAUUACGAAUAUUGAUAUGCAUUAACAAAGGAAGGAAAUGAGGCAUGCCAAGCUGGCAUUGAGGGACACCGUGGUGAGGGACCCUUUGUUGAUGUUGAGGGAAUAGACAUAGGCCAACAGUUAGUGACGAAGGUUGCUGUUGAAUGUAUAUCACAUGUAGGAAUGGAGUUUGACAGUGAUGCUCAAGACUAUGAGUUUUACAAGUAUGCAAGAGUAGAGGGUUUUGAUACAAUGAUACGUGACUCCAAAAAGAAAAAAGGCAUUAUACAUUGGAAGCAGUAUUCUUGCAAGAAGAAUGGUUCCAAGAAACAUAAAGGUGUUGACGAAAAUGAACAUGUAAUAACAAGAUAUGGAUGUAGAGCAUGGAUGCCCAUCGAAUUCGAUGCAUAGAAAAAUAAGUGGCAUGUGCGUAACAUAUAUUAUGCACACAAUCAUUAUUUGCCUUCUCCAUCAAAUGUAAAUUUUCAUACAACAAUAAUGAAAAUGAAAACUCCUAAAAAUAAGGUAAUGAUGGUCUGAUGUCAUGACCGCAGGCAAAGCGACUGUGUUAUGCUUGUGAGUGGGACCUUUUCGAGUUUUACAAGCUUGAUUUCAAGCUUGCAAAUGUUAUUAUAUGAUAUGCAAAGGUGUCCAUAGACUAGUAAUGGAUCAAGAUUUACAUGGAUGUGAUUUCAAGCUUGCAAAUGUUAUUAUAUGAUAUUGUACGAUGACUCUUGUACUUCUAAGUGUAUUUGAUUAGAUAAUGUGAUAUGAGCUUGUGUGGCAUGAUAUUGUAUUAUGAGCCUGAGCAUGAGACAUAUGUAGAAUAAUGGCUAAUGGUCAGUUUUCCUGUGGAUAGACUUUACCAACUGGAUGCCAAUUGACCCUACCAUAAAAGGGGUUAGGUGGGCAGCACAGGGGAUUAGGUUCCGACAAUAGACUAUAUUGUGAAGUCCUACUCACUCGGGCAACUAGCAAGGAGCCCGUCCCCAUGUAAAGGGGGGCGUCACUGCUGCUGCAGUCAUAACUGAGCUCAGCCAAGUGUGGAGUCAUGGUUGGGGUUACCACAUACUCUUUUGUCACUGGUGACUUAGUUUGCGUAUAAUGUCCUUAAGUUGCGCAACGGCAUUGUCUACAUCCUAGUGGCAAAUGCUUUGUUGCUUAGUGUUCAGGACUAUGCAUAUAUGCAGCUGUUUCAUUAUGUUAUUUAUGUUUAUUGCUUUGUUAUAUAGAUGAACUAUAUUGUGUGACGACACAUGUAAUUUGUGUCUUAUAGUUUGUUUGCAUUAUGUAUUAUAGGCCCAGGAUAGGCCAUACUCAAAGUUUAACUUUGACGCGUUGAUGUUUAGGCAGUGUUUCUCGAUUGUGCUGUUGUCAAGAUAGAUGGUGAUUGCUGAGAACUAUGAUUUACGUCAUUCUUUGUCUUUUUUUUUUUUGUUGUGGACUUACUUUCUGUAUAUUUCAAUCAUUAAGGGCAAUGUUAUUUGAAUUAUAUAUAUAUAUAUAUAUAUAUAUAUAUAUAUAUAUAUAUAUAUAUAUAUGUUUUGGGUUUGACCAUUAGAGUAUGUAUGUGUCACGAGUUAGCUUUGAUGUGCACUCACUAACGCGCCAGUGUGAUAUAAUAAAGCACAUAUAUGGGUAUGAUAAGUCGAGCCAUGCGUCAAUCAUGCAGGCAGUUAUUAUACUGUAUCAUAAGAUACGUUGUGCUCUUCACUAAUUGUGAAGAGUGAAGGAACCCAUGAAACUUAUGUGUGACAAUAUGGCAGCCAUAUAUAUUGGGAUAAAUCCUUUUUUUCAUGAGUGUGCCAAACAGAUCGAAGUUGAUUUUCAUCAUCCAACCACCACAUGUGGAAAGUGAAUUUCAAUUGGCAGAUGUUUUUACAAAGUUUCUUGAAAAAGAUCGCCAUAAGUACCUCAUAAUUAAGUUGGGCAGAUUGACAUGUGCUCACCAACUUGAGGGGGGGAUUAUUUGUGGUACCAAGAAGAGGAAGCUGUUGAAGAAAUGCAAUAUUCUUGGCGAAAAAAGUUAUUCUUGGCAGGAGAUAAAGUCACAAGGCAAGAGAUAAAGUCGACAAUAUGGAACACCAUUUUCGAACAUUUGGACAGCCACACCUGGCUAAUAGAGUAAUUGUUUCAUAUUUGCAGUUCUUCCUUCACCCUUAACCAUUGGAUAUGCUUUCUCCCUAAGGCCCCGUUUGAUAGUCGGGGUAAAACGAGAGGGGAGGGGAAAAAUGG